AAACACAAUAACAAUAGAUCUUUCUUGGAGUAGUCAACGAUUUAAAAAGAUUUAUUGUCCAUGGGAUUUCUCGAUGAUGAGCUUGAAGAAGUGUCAAAACUUUGUCAAAAUGUCAUUCCAGGAAGUUGUCUUGUUACUUGUUUCCCAACAAUGGUUCGAGUGGAAAUAACAAAAACAGUAUUUAAGAAGAUUAUUGCUUGUAUUCAAUUUUCAAAAAUUUAUCCAGCAGAUAUAUUGUUACUGGAAUUAAAAAGCAAAACAUUAUCUCAAAAAUUAUUGUCUGGAUUAACUGAAAUUUGUGAAAAAAAUUGCAAAAAUUUAAUAGGAAAAGCUCAGAUUUUACCAACUUUAAAAUUUUUAAAUAAUUUUAUCGAUGAAAAUCCAUUGAUUUGUUGUUACGAUGAAAUAAAUUCAUCAAAAAAAUUACUACAAGAUUGUGAUAUUUUUCGAUUGAAGCAAAAAAUAUCAACAAUUAAUCUUGAAGUUCAUUGUGAAGCUUAUUUUUUUAAAACAAAAAUAUUCAUACCUGAUGAUUAUCCAACAACAUCAGCAAAAUUAACUGAAGUUGUUACAAAUUUUCCUCCAUUAUUUGAAAGAUUUUUAUUAGGACAAGCAAAAGAAUUAGGACGUCGUUGUGUUGAACCUCCUCUUCGUAAAUUACCAAAUAAAAUAUUUAAACCUUCACCAUCAUUGGAUAAGAUUGCUUCAUUUAUUAUAAGGUCAGUAAAACAAAUACCAGAAGAAAAUUGUCAACUUUGUAAGAUAAAAUGUCUACCAAAAAACCCAGAGAAUAUUAUUCGUGAUGAAAAUGCAGACUUGCACAUUGAGAGACUUUAUUGUAGUCAUCUUUUUCAUUUACAAUGUCUCGUGACAUAUAUGAAAACCCCUCCAUUUCACGGAGGCAAAAAAUGUCCUGGUUGUAGUGAACGAGUUUAUCAUGAAAAAUGGGGAUUAAGUGAAAAAUUAGCUGAAGAUAGAUGGGCACAUGAACAAGCUCGAGCAAGAGAAUUAGCUGAAGUUACAGAUUUUUUUGUUUAACAUAAAAUACAAAUAAAUAAAUAACAUUAAUUUAAUUUUUUUUUGCAUUACGCACAAGCUUAUAAUAUUAAUAAUAAAAUAUAUAAUAUUAAUUUAUUAUCAUUGAUUUUAUUAUUUAAAAAAAAAUAAAACUAAAAUAGUAUUUCAA